CAAUUACAAUAGCCGUAACCUAUUUUUCUGUCUCCUUCCUUCCUCCAUCUCUGUACACGUUGUUUCUGCUGCGAUUUCAGUGGCGAACGCUUUAAAACUUUUAGACAAGUGCGUACUGCUUAUUUACAAAUCAGCUCCAACACUUGAAAGCUAACUUCCCAUUUUUUGGUUUAUCUGACAGAAUCAAAGAGCAUAUAUUAUACAAAUUUAUACGUGGAAGCAGAGGCGAAAGACAAGUAACAAGAUGGGUAAAGUAUCUUACAUGAAGCUGAAGGGUAGCCAAAACUUGAGAAUACGUCUUUUACUGGCAACCCUUUCAUCCAAAUCGAUUAUCAUUGAGGAUAUACGUGCUGAUGCUACUUGGCCUGGCCUCCGUCCACAUGAGGUCUCUUUCCUUCGCCUCCUUGAAAAAGUCUGUGAUGAUUGUGUUGUUGAAAUCAAUGAAACUGGCACAAAACUGAAGUACAAACCUGGAAUUAUUAUGGGAGGAAGACAUUUAGUUCAUGAUUGUGGUGUCAGUCGCUCCAUUAGCUACUUCUUGGAACCGUUGAUUGUGCUCGGUUUGUUUGGAAAGAAACCACUCACCAUCAGGCUUAAAGGGAUCACAAAUGAUUCAAAGGACCCAUCUAUUGAUACUUUUCGAUCAACUACUUUGCCUAUAUUGAAGCAAUUUGGAGUCCCUGCAGAAGGAUUGGAACUGAAAAUUGAGAGUCGGGGAGUCGCUCCUAAAGGUGGUGGAGAAGUAGUUCUUUCAGUCCCUAUGGUCCCGAAUAGUUUAAAGGCUGUUAAAUGGGUUGAUGAAGGUCUGGUGAAGAGAAUUAGAGGUGUUUCCUUUUCAACUAGGGUCUCUGUUCAGUUUGAGAAUACCAUGAUACACGCAGCUCGUGGAAUCUUGAAUCCUUUGCUUUCAGAUGUUCACAUCUUUACAGAUCAUAAAGCUGGAGCACAAGCCGGAAUGUCACCUGGCUACGGAAUUUCUUUAGUUGCAGAGACUACAUCUGGUUGUGUCAUAUCUGUUGAUACUGCAGUUUCUUAUUCAAGAGGAGAAGAUGAUGCUGACCUAGAGGAUGAUAGGAAAGAUCUGAUCCCUGCUGAGGAAGUUGGCGAGCAAAUAGCUUCUGCACUACUUGGGGAAAUUAAACAGGGGGGAGUCGUUGAUUCAACACAUCAGGGACUGCUGUUUCUUCUAUGUGCCUUGUGUCCGAAAGAUGUUUCAGAAGUUCGAGUUGGGAAGCUGUCACCCUACGGAAUAGAAGCAUUAAGACACAUCAGAGACUUUUUGGGUGUUAAGUUUGUCAUGAAACCUGAUGCCUCCACAGGAACUGUCAAUCUUAUGUGUCUUGGCUCUGGAUUUCAGAAUUUAUCCAGAAAAGUAUCAUGAUAAAGAAUUGGUGGUGGUUUCAUAUACAGAAAAGUGCGACGCUUCUGUAUCAGCAUAUUCUGAAUGGCUCGACAUUCAUCAAUGCGGUGGUUUAGAGUGAAAUCAAACACAAUAGUGUCACACAGGCUGGAGAUUAUGAUGUGGUCGCUAGUUAUAAAGCUUGUAAUGAGAGUGCUGUAGGAAGCAAACAUGGAAAUCACAUGCCCUCAUCUCCCAUUGGGGUUGAAAUUUUGGUAUUAGAGUUCUAAAUUAUAUAAAUUUUGAUAAUACUUCCUUUUUCUGGUUCUAGCUUUUCUUGUCUAUCGAAAACAAACUCUUUACCUUCUAAAGUUUGCAUACGCACCACCCUCUCCACUGCCUUGUGGGAUUACAUGGAGUAUUGAUGUUGUAAUUUUUCUUUUGGUUGACAAAUCAUUUGCUUUGUGGUCAAGUUUCUAAUUGGAACUGUACAAGAGGAGAUCAUGUACCAACUUUUAAUUAAGUUUAAUUCCCAGCAGGUUAACUAA